ACUCACGUCAGCUCAGGGGGUCUCACUCUGUCCGAUUUUCUGCUCUCCGUCAUCAUGGCCGACUGGACUGACUGUCUGAACUUCGGCAUCUCCAUUGCCAAACAAGCCAGUGAGAUCGUCCUGUUGGCAUUUCAGCAGCAGAAACAAGUUCACCUGAAAAGUUCUCCGGCUGAUCUGGUAACAGAAACUGAUCAACGAGUUGAGAAGAUCCUGAUCAACGCCAUCAGGAACAAAUAUCCACUGCACAGGUUCAUUGGGGAGGAGUCUGUGGCUGCAGGUGAGCGUCUGGAGCUGACGGACUCUCCCACCUGGAUCAUUGACCCCAUUGACGGGACUGUUAAUUUCGUCCACAGGUUUCCAUUUGUGGCCAUCUCCAUUGCCUUCACAGUCAACAAGCAGACAGAGUUUGGGAUUGUGUACAGCUGUGUGGAGGACAAACUCUUCUAUGCUCAGAGAGGAAGAGGAGCCUUUCUGAACGGAGAAACGCUGCACGCCUCUGGACAGGAAGACAUCAGCAGGUGUGUGGUGGUGACGGAGAUAGGGGCGGAGCGUGAUGACCUCUCUCUGUCCACCAUGACCUCCAACAUCUUCAGAUUGCUGAAACUACCUGUGCAUGGGGUCCGUGCGUUGGGCACAGCAGCGGUCGACAUGUGUCAGGUGGCGACAGGUGGAGCAGACGCCUACUAUCACAUUGGGAUGCACUGCUGGGACAUCGCCGCGUCCACCAUCAUUGUCCAGGAAGCUGGAGGCGUUGUCAUGGAUACGGAUGGCUCAGAGUUUGAUAUGAUGUCCAGGAGAGUCAUCGCUGCCAGCUCCUCUGCUGUGGCCAGAAACAUCGCACAGGUGAUCCAGGUGUUUCCCUGUCGCCGUGACGAUGAGGAUCCCUGCAGGUGUAUCUGUGGAGUGACAGAUGUGAACAGCAUGUAGGUCAGCUGACAGAAAGUGUGAUGGAGGUGUUUCUGAUUUAAAACCACAAAUAAAACCUUAGA